AUGAGAAAAAUAUGCUCAACAAAUGGACAACCCUUCGAUGAAAAUGAGUGUCGUAAAGCUAUUUCGAAACAAGUUACAGAUACUAAUGUCACUGCUGCAGAUCAACAAAAAAAAAAUGAACAUAAAGAAAAGAUUCACGAUCAAACGACUGUUAUCGCUAUUCGUUCGUCAAGUAUUACUGCUAUGAAUCAUCUCUCUCCAAUGACAAAUUUGAAUCGUACUCGUUUGGUUCCACCAUUCGAUCCUGUUUUAAGUUCAACGCCAAAAAUACUCAUGCAUCCGGCUAUUUCAAUUAAAAUGGAUAUUCCAAUCAGAUCAUCGUCUCCACCACCACCACUUUCCUCAACACCCCAAGGAGUCAAAACAGCUGUACCUGUAGUACAACAACAAGUACCAAGUGUUAUUAAUGACGAUAAGUUUGAUGAACCGAUCAAAGAAAACAAAAAACGUAAAAAGAAAUUAGAAAAGAAUGAUGAAUCGAUCACUUCAAGUAUCCGAUUACCACCUAAAAUUCUACAUAGUGAAGAAAUUGUAAAAAGGACCGAUAAUAUUCAGCAACAAAGCUCUCAGUCAGCCGUCAUUCAAUCGGAGGAAGCUAAAAUACGCUCCGAUAACCUUACUGAUAAUAUUCAGGCAACAAAAAAAUGUGCUCCACAUGGAAGAGCGAAAAACGUUGUUGUGGACUUACCUCCACCAUCAAGAAAUAUGUUAACACGGGCGAAACAACGGGCGUCAGUUGAUAUUCAAGAACCAAGUAUUCAAGAAAAGACAACAAAAAUACCUCGUAGCCGUAGCAAAAAACAACAAAUUCAUGCCGAUGAAGCAUCAGCAGAGACAGCUGCAAAAAAUAGCGGAAGCAAUCCGAAGCACCCUGCAUUGCUGCCAACAGUCACUCAAACAAAAGAUGAUGAACUGUCUAAGCAAUUACCUUCAUCAACAAGUUCGAAACAUCAAGCAUUUCUUGGUUUACAGUCAAAUACCGAUCAAAAAACAAAAAUACGUGCUCGUGACAGGGAUCAAGAAAAUAAUGUCGAUCAAGUCUCAUCAACGAUUGCUUUACAGAAUGAGCCACCACUGUUGGCAAUUUCAGUAUUAACAAAUGAGCAAGGAAAUAUUGAAGAAACAUAUAAAAAACAUUCAAUACGUUCUUCACACACAAAACGAGAAACGUCAAUAGAUAUCCAGCAAUCAUCAGAGUUAAACACACAGGCUCUCGACAAACAGUCGAACUGUCGUUCAACACGUUCGUCGAAAAGAAAACUUGAAGUUACUGCACAAGCAGGUACCAAUGAUACAUAUCCAAAACGUGGCCGUGAAAGAAAACAACAAACCAAAGUCGAUCAAGUAUUAAGAGAAAAAGUAUCACACAAGUCAGCGAAUAUUCAGCAAUCAUUAGCUGUAGCAGAUCAUAACACAAAUCUUCCACCGACAGUCCCCAAAACAAAACGUGCUCUACGGGGAAAACCAAAACUAUUCGAAAAGAGCGUCUCACCUUCGAAAGUUGACAACAAUCAACACAAAUCUGCACUACCUAAAAAAUACGAUUCGUCAGCACCAAUAACAAAUGUUUUCAAUGCGCCACCAGUUGACUUUUCUUUUCCGCCGGUAGACCUAAUCGUUUCACCACCAAAAAUCAUUCGUCUUGGGCGUAAACGGACAAAUAAUCAUAACCAAGUAUCUUCUCAAAUAGAAUCGUCGAACACAACACAUUUUCGAGAUAAAAAAGAUGAUAAAGCAAUAGAUAAAAAGGAUGUUUUAGUCAAUGCAGCUUCAUCAUCAACUACCACUACCAUUAGUGUAACAGCUAGAGGGAAAAGAAAGCGAGCAGAUUUAUUAACAACAACUGAACUUCCUCAAUUACCACUACCACCAAGUUCAUUGAGUGUGAAAGCAUUUCUUAAGAAUAAUCAAGAAAAACGACCAGCACAUAGUAGACAGAAUGAAUCAACAUUAGACAAUCCAUCACGAAAAAGGCGAAUAGUAACAGUUAAUUCUCAACAAAAUCCAUCAGCAGCACGAAUUGAUAUGCCUGAAAUAUUUCUACCAUCGAUUCAUGAUUAUACCAAAGAUAAAUUUAAAUCUCCAGUUAAACGGUCAUUACGUUCUAAAAAAAAUGAUGCACAAGUCAUCACGUACAGCCCGUUAACACGAAAACGACGAGUACCAACAGCUAAUAAUCAGUCGAGCUCUACAACCAAUCAAGUUGUCCAAGUUCCGAGAACACAAUGUAUAACGAAAACCAAAGGAAAACGUACGUGUACAAUAUGCAAUAGUUAUAUUUAA